AUGGGUUGCUGCUUCUCCUCGCCGCGCGAUAGCGAUCACCCUGCCUAUGCAGCGCAGGUAGCCACGGAAGAGCGGCGUCACGAACAGUCUUCUCGCGGGGCGAUUGCAACCAGCAAUGCGCUCUCUGACACCAGCGCUUCUACGAGCACACGCGGCGCCCGGACUACCCGGUCUGAUCGCCAGUCGCUCAGUCAGCAUUACAAUGCGCCUAUUCGUCGCCAUGUCUGGUACAGCAAACGAAAACUGUGGAGUCGGGCGCAACUCGACCAGGAGCGAACGGCAUUCUUUGAGACCAGAGUGACGGGUCGUCCAGAGAUCUGGGCUGCUUUGUCUGCAGCCGUGUCCCUGAUGCGAGCCGGUGACAUGUCGACGGCACAGACCAUUAUUGACGCAGCCGGUAUCACAGUCCCAACUGGCGACCUCUGCCAAGGUUGCUACGACGAACAGGGGGCUCUUUACAGACUACCACAAUGUAUCGUGAGCGACCCGGAGAACAUGAUUCGAUCCAUCCACGAUCGGGAAGAUGACUUCGACACCGAUGAUGGCAGGUUGUCCUCGGAUGAGGCUUCAGGAGAUGAUCUAAUCGCAACCGACACAGACCUGGAACGUCGCCGGGAUGAGAAGGGAAAGACUAGCGAACGAGAUUUGAUCCGCGUGCGAGCACGGUUGAGUGACCGCGGGGGUCCGGAUAUCGAUUUGUCGGUGGGAAAGACCCAGAACGUUGGCUCGAUUGCCCGCAGAGUGCAGCAGGAGGCAUUGAUCCCUCGCAGUCACCGCGUGAGGAUCGCCUACCUGGGCAGGAUUUUGAGAGAGCACGAGCCCCUGGUCGAUCAGGGUUGGAACCCAGGCCAUGUAGUCAACGCAUUAGUUGUCCCGCGGCAUGACCUCUCAUGA